AUGCUCGCGGAAGCGGAAUCGUUGUUGAGAGAGGGGAGAGGAAGGGCGGAGGACGCACUACCGGUUGCGUUGCGAGCGCUGCGGCGAGCUGCGGGGCGGGAUGAUGCCGCUACGACGACGCUGCCCGCGCUCGGUCUGGUCGCGGAGAUAUACCUCGAGCUCGGCGACGCGACGGCCGCGCGUGAAUACUUUCUGCAAGCCGUUUCGUUGGACCCGGAAGGGCGGGUUCCCGAGACGCUCGGCGGGGGCGCGGAGAAGUUCCUCUGGCUGGCGCAGCUGAGCGAGGAAGGCGGGCAGGAUAGCGUGGAGUGGUUCGAGCGGGGCGCGGCGGUGUUGCGGCGGGAGAUUGGAGCGCUGGGGGAGGGAGAGGGCGAGGGCGGGGAAGAGAAGCGGAAGAAGCUGGCGGGGGCGUUGUGUGGGAUGGUGGAAGUGUACAUGACGGAUCUGUCCUGGGAGCCCUCGGCGGAGGCGAAAUGCGAGAGUUUGAUUUCGGAGGCGCUGCUCGUGGCGCCGCGCUGUGCGGAGCCGUUGCAGACGCUGGCUUCGGUACGGAUAUCGCAGACGCGGAUACCGGAGGCUAGGAAGGCGUUGGGGGAUAGUAUGGGGAUAUGGCGGGAUUUGGAGCCCGAAGAUGCUGCGGUGCCGGAUUUCCCCACGCGGAUUUCUUUGGCGAGAUUGUUGAUGGAGGUGGAGAUGGAAGAGGAAGCGUUGGGGGUUGUGGAGAGGUUGGUGCAGGAGGAUGAUGGGAGUGUGGAGGCGUGGUAUUUGGGGGGUUGGUGUUUAUAUCUGCUCGGAAUGAAGCAGAGGAAGAAGCAUGAUGAAAGGAAUGGCGCAGCCGAGGGGGAUGCUAUGGAGGAUGCGAAUGGAUGUGACGAGGACGAAGAAGAUCUUCUUACCCAAACUAUGGUCUCGAGUCGAGAAUGGUUACGGCAAAGUUUAAAGCUUUAUGAACUAGUUGAAUAUGAGGAUGAAAGAUUGAAGGACCAUGCGAUGGAGUUGGUUGAGGAACUCGAUGCCAUUAUUGGGGAAAGGGGAGAGGAUGAAGUAGACGAGGGCGAGGAGGAGUGGAACGGUUUUGGAGAGGAAAGUGAGAAGGAGCAAGAAGAUGAGGAGAUGGAUGAAGGCUGA